AUGCAUGGUUUUGCAGACAGGGAGAUAUCGAGAGGGGUACCGGAACCGGAACUGGAAUCGGAAUUAGAGUCCGAUUUCUGCAGGUUUUGGGGUUUUGCAGUUGCAGGAGAAGAAGAUGAAAGUCAACAUUUUGCAUGGCAUGCUGUUGCUUCAUGGACAUGGGAUGCACAAGACGAAACAUGUGGGAUUUGUAGGAUGGCAUUUGAUGGUUGUUGUCCCGAUUGUAAACUCCCUGGGGAUGAUUGCCCACUAAUUUGGGGUGCAUGCAACCAUGCGUUCCAUCUUCAUUGCAUCUUAAAAUGGGUAAAUUCACAGACGUCUCAGGCACAUUGCCCCAUGUGCCGUAGGGAGUGGCAAUUCAAAGGAUGAUAGAAAGAUUGGAAUCACUUUUAAGGAAUUCUUGCGUACUCUCUCCCUCUUCAACCGCAGGUUUGCAAAUGUUUGAUUGUAUACUGGUUGAUGUAAAUUGAGACCACCUUAUAUCUGCUGUGUCUUGGCCUAUGUGAGCGGAAGUAACUCCCUCUUGAGGCGUUACUUCUCAAUCAUUCAUUGUAUUCCCUCCAUAAACCCGCUCUAUUAAUCUCUAGAUCCUAAAAGUGAACUUGAACCAUGUUUUAUAUGUUUGUUUAUCAAUUAAGAUUCGGGAAGCA